AAUAGUAAAACAAAGUUUUUUUCGAGACUCGAUGGCUCACAAAUGGAAUCAUAAUUUUCCCAAAAUUGCUCGUGAGGCUGGUUUUACUAUUCGAGAACUAUCAACAGGACACUGUAUCGAUUGGAGAUUCAUCGCUUCGAUUGAUCCGUACGCAAUCGUGGGCGAAAAAGAUUACGAAAAACUAGACGAAUUCAUUCCUCACCUUUCCGAAGUUCCAAUCGGUUCGGUGCUUCAAAAUCGAAUAUUGGAUCCAGCGAUUGGCAAAUAUUUCAUUUUGGCCCAAUUCAGUAUUCAGUAUUUGUUGUUUUGUAAACAGUUUCUAGACGAAACUAUUGUAGAAAUAAGGAACUCGGCCCAGGAUGUUCAGAGAGAUAACAGCCGACUGGAAAAGAUGUGUCGAAGAAAGAAUGAAGAAUUGAGCGCAUUACAUCGGAAAUUGCAAAAGGUAGAAAAUCAAACCCAACAAAUGGUUUAUCCAUGUACGAAGUGCACGAAAAAUUUCAUAAGUAUGGAACUGCUCAAUGCACACGUAGCCCGAAAGCAUGUUGAACUUGGAACUAGUACCACAAAUGAAUUAAAAUCAGGUACCAAUCGUAAAUUGUCUGAGACAGAUACACAUCUCAUCAACACCAUCAAGCUGGAGUUAGAAGUUAAGCAACUCAAGGAAAGGCUCAAUGCCGCGGAAAAGGAUUUAAUGGAUCAACGUAGUCGGGAGUAUCAUUGCCACGGCUGCAGCAGGGAGGUACGAACCGGUGAUAGGGAUCAGAAUGAUCACUGCAGGAGUAACAUUGAUCAUCACAAUGUUGGUAUUCAGACUAAUCUGGAAGAUACGAAAGAUGUUAAUGAGCAGGAAGUUCAGACUAGUAAGUCAGAAAUUUCACCGUGCGUAUCAACACGUGCUUCGCCAUCGCCAACACGGCAUCAGUUACCGCCGUUGGACUACAUCUCUAAAACUGACCUGGAAGCUAUCGUAAGAGAACAGAAAGAACAGUUUGAAAGCUGGAAAGCUUUGGAACGAGAAAAGUUUAACCAAGAAAUUGAAAAUGUCCGUCAAAAUAUGACCGACGCGUUACGGGAGUUGGAACAACGUGAUCGAAUAAAUGCAACCGUUGCAUCUCAUAAUCAUUCUAUGCUACCUGUCGAACAAAACCCAGCACUGGAUAGUAUAUGGAAGGAACGGUACCAUGAGCUGGAGCGGAUGUAUCAGAAUAGCCAGAAACAGGUUCGAGAAACGGUAGAAAAUGUCGAGUUGGUUUAUGAGGAUAAAAUUAAACAAUUUGAACGAAUGAUGGAGCAACGCGCGUUGGCCGUUAAAAAGGCAGAUGCGUCAACAAAUACUCUAGAGCAACGUUCAAUCGAAUUAAACGUAGUAGAAAAAGAUGAAGAACCUUUAUCGUCAGCAAUUUUAAGUGAGCAGACAAUUAUACCUAAGACGGAAGCGGAAGAAGCGUUAUGUAUUGAUGAGGCAAUCGAAAGUAAUAUCUCUUCGGAAGAAACGGAAGAGAUUGAGAGCGAUGAAGAAAUAAGGACACUGGAAACAGCUAGAAGAGAACUACUAGCACGAGAGGACGCGAGUCCAACCGAGAAAAAUCUGGAAAAGUGCAACAAAUUAGAAAAACCACCCAUUUCACCUAAAAAAAUAAUAAUGAGCACUUUCAAAAGUCGUCUCAAAGGCUUAGGAAUUGACUCCAAAACCAGGUUACUGCCGAAAGAGGAUCUUAAUUUGGCCUCUGUAGUACUAGCAGAACGUCGGGAUGCCAAUAAGAAGAAAAAUCGAAAUUUCUUUAUUAUGAGAAAUCAACUGGUCGCCAAAGUAGAUCAGCUCGCCAGAAGCAAAAUGGGAGAGACGAUCAAACAAACGUCCAACUUGAGUACCGGUAACCAACCUAUUGAAUCUGGAAAACGAGAAUCUAUCGCUCUUCCAGUGAGACCAAAUAUCAAGUCGCGGUCGCCUCUACCAAGUUCGACAAGAAAACCAUCGAUUGAAAUACUUCCCAGCAAACUUAAACUUACAACGGCUGAUAGGUUGACGGUUUCAUCCGGUUCCACUGCAAACCCCUUCAAAGUAAAGCCAGUUCUUACUUCGUCCUCAUUAGUAACUGUUCCAGAAAUAAAACUCACCAACGACGAUGUAAUAACUGUUCAAGCGGAAAUUAAUCCCAUUCCUGAUAUAUUGCCUAGCAGUCCGGUUCCCCUUCUAAGAUCAACUCGAAAACCCGAGUACGAGCGACAUUUGGAACGAUUACUCGAAACGCCAGUUAAGCGAGUUCGAACACCACCCGAAAGUAUCAUCACUCAGGAGCACAAGCAUGAGCGGGACGAUUCAGAUUUGAGUAUUCUUUUAGAUGCAGUACCCUUGCAAACUAAACCACCAGUUCCCAAAAAGAGAGUAUUGUUUAACUUGGAAAGUAAAGCAUCUAAUGACACGAAUCUUGCGACUGGACCAUCGCUGUCCAAAGCCGAAGAUGAGUCCGAUUGGAAUAUUAGUAGUUUUGAAGAUGAAAAAUAGUUACAGAAAUUCGGAUAAUAAAAGCUAGCACACAAA